AUGCGAUCUGUGCAAACGCCAUUCCCUUUGGCUUCCAUCGAGGCAGCGCAACGUCUUGGCCUUCAUCUUCGAGGAAAGUGGCUAUUACUGUCUACUCAAGAUUUUCAGCCUGCAUUGGAAGGCGUAACAUAUCACUACAUUUUAUUUGAAGAAACAUCCAUUACCAGGUCAUUGGACUUCGGUGGUUCUCAUUGGCCCUCGUCAGUUAUGCGAAACGGAUACGCGCAUAUUGCACAGAUAUUAGCAGAGCACGCGAAGCAGCCACCCGUUAUGAUCUAUCAAUAA